AUGCCGGCGUUUGCGAGAUCAGUUACUCCUUUCUUCCAGACCGCACGAUCGGCGCUGCGUCAAGGUAAUGCUGUCAGUCCCUUACAGCAUGCUUUGAGAAGACAAAAUGGAGCUGCUGUGAUCAAUGCUGCUCGUUCAUAUGCUACCGCUUUCGAGCGUUCGAAACCGCAUGUUAAUAUUGGUACAAUUGGUCACGUCGAUCAUGGAAAGACUACUUUGACGGCCGCCAUUACCAAGAGACAAGCAGAGAAGGGAAUGGCUAAUUUCCUCGAGUACGGUGCCAUUGACAAGGCUCCUGAAGAGCGAAAGCGUGGUAUCACCAUCUCCACUGCCCAUAUUGAAUAUGCUACCGAAGCUCGCCACUACUCCCACGUUGAUUGUCCCGGUCACGCAGAUUACAUUAAGAACAUGAUUACCGGAGCUGCAAACAUGGAUGGAGCCGUCAUUGUCGUUGCUGCUUCCGAUGGACAAAUGCCUCAAACCCGUGAGCAUCUUUUACUCGCCCGUCAAGUUGGUGUUCAAAAGAUUGUCGUUUUCGUCAACAAGGUCGAUGCUCUUGAGGACCCUGAGAUGUUGGAGUUGGUCGAGAUGGAGAUGCGUGAUCUCCUCACCACAUAUGGAUUUGAGGGAGAGGAGACACCUAUCAUUCUUGGUUCCGCCCUUUGCGCACUCGAGGGCCGCAGACCGGAACUCGGAACUGAGAAAAUCGAUGAAUUGAUGAAUGCAGUUGAUACCUGGAUCCCAACCCCACAACGUGAUCUCGACAAGCCUUUCCUCAUGUCCGUCGAAGAUGUUUUCUCUAUUCCCGGUCGUGGAACUGUUGCCUCCGGUCGUGUCGAGCGCGGUAUCCUCAAGAAGGAUUCAGAAGUCGAAAUUGUCGGAAAGGGAGACCAAGUUAUCAAGACAAAGGUUACUGAUAUCGAGACUUUCAAGAAGUCUUGCGACGAAUCCCGCGCAGGAGACAACUCCGGACUUUUGCUCCGUGGUAUCAAGCGUGAAGAUGUCCGACGUGGAAUGAUCAUUUCCGCCCCAGGAACCACCAAAGCACACACCAAAUUCCUCGUCUCAAUGUACGUCCUCACCAAGGAAGAAGGAGGACGCCACACGGGGUUCCACCAAAACUACCGCCCACAAAUCUUCAUCCGAACCGCCGACGAAGCCGCUGCCCUCCACUGGCCCGAGGGAACCGAAGACGCCGACUCCAAAAUGGUCAUGCCAGGUGACAACGUCGAGAUGCAAUGCGAGAUUGAGAAGCCCUGCGCCAUGGAAGUCGGUCAACGUUUCAACAUCCGUGAGGGAGGAAGAACCGUCGCCACUGGAUUGGUUACCAGAAUUAUCAAGUAA